AUGAUAAUGAUUAUCGAGGAUAUGGGUAUGGCCAUUUAUCCGGCAGAACAAAUAUUACAUUUUGUUGUAUAUUACAAGGACGUGAACGUUUCCAUUUGUGAUGAAGAACUUGCACCCGUAAAGGAUCAAAAGACACUUAAGAAUCAAACAUCACAUCGGAUUAUUGAAAAACGCAGGAGAGAUCGAAUGAACAACUACUUGGUGGACCUGAGCAAACUCAUGCCUAGUGACUACUUAAAACAGGGUCAGAGACGUGUUGAAAAAACUGAAAUAAUUGAAAUGGCAAUCAAGUUAAUAAAGAACCUUCAGACAGAUAAGGCAAAGAACGGUACCUACUCUGAUGGUCAAUCUGAGAAAGGUCAAGACCCUAUGUGUCUGACUCCCCUGGGUGAGAAUGCCAAACCGUGUUGCAUCUCCAAGUUCUACAUGGGCUUCAAGGAGUGCCAGGACGAGGUCAUGCGCUUCCUUGUCGAGAACGAGGACAACAACAUGUCGGACCAAGUCUGUGUCUGCAUGAUGGAGUAUCUCGGCAAAGCCGCCAAGAAGUUCCUACCUACACUUGGCAGAGACAUUAGCGACAGUGGCUAUAUCAGUACUUCAUCACUCACAGCUGCACAGGCCAGCGGUGGCUUUUAUGACGCAUCACCAUCAUCCACAGAUGGAAAUUCGGCCAAUGAGAUGACAGAAAAGAAGAACAGAAGUAUCAGCUCUGACAGUGGCAUUACAAACAUGGAUUCAGCCUUUUCAUCCAUCAGUCUGCCUUUGACGAAAUCCCAAACAGACGGUAUGCAGUUCUAUUUUAACACGGACAAGGACGGCAACGCGAAUGAUGACGGAGGCAAUGCGUCUAGUGGCUGCGCACAAAGCAACUACAAGUUCAAACACAUAUUCACCACACGCUUUUGCCAAGAGCAGUCGAAACUACAGCAGAGUGACACAUCGUCGAGCAGUUCCCAAGAAGAGGCGAAUCAGGAGUCGGCGAGACGAAGCGAUUUGAAGACUUUGCUGUCCAACUACAGUCAUGGAUCGACGCCUUAUCCCAGUUCCAGCGAUGGCAGCUAUAAUCAAAGCGCCCUGCACAGCAGUGUCAAUUCAGCUGGAGGUCAAGCACCACCAGCGUCUGAUUCCAACAUCAGUUCGCACCUUCCUGGCUUUGUUCUUCAUCCAUCAGGCAGUCACUACUUUCCCAUCUCCAUAGAUCAAGCAAGUGUGCCACAGUCGUUUGUAUCCAUCUACGGACAUCAAUCCCUUGUUUUCCACCCGAUCAGUAUCCCAGUUCGAUUUUGCGGCCCAAACAUUAAAAUAGAAGGAAACAUUCAAGCACAAGCACACGAAAGCAACUAA